UUACACCCCAAGCAUUCUCCAUGAAAAAAUGAUUACCAACUUACUCGUCUUUCUCUUACUUCUGGCUGUGCAAUUUGCUCGUUCCGACCGACGCCAAUAUCAUGAUGACUAUGAGGAUGUCACUGUCAAUCAGAUGCUUGCUCCGAAAGAUCAUCAAGCCGACGCCACACAUAUAUUAAAUAACUUACUGCAGGAGUACGACAGGACCCUUCGCCCAGACAUAGGGGUGAAACCAACAGUCAUAGAUGUGGACAUAUAUGUCAAUAGCAUCGGCCCUGUGUCAUCGAUAGACAUGGAGUACCAGAUCGACAUCAUAUUUUCUCAGUCGUGGAUCGACACUCGUCUGCGGUACAACAGCAGCACAAAGAUCCUGACCCUCAACAGUAACAUGGUGGGGCUCAUUUGGGUCCCCGACACCAUCUUCAGGAACGCCAAGAACGCCGACUCUCAUUGGAUCACCACACCCAAUCAGCUGCUGCGAAUAUGGAACGAUGGGAAGAUUCUCUACACGCUGAGGUUGACUAUCAACGCAGAGUGCCAGCUGCAGCUUCAUAACUUCCCCAUGGACGAGCAUUCCUGCCCUCUCGUCUUUUCAAGCUAUGGUUAUCCCAGAGAUGAAAUGAUUUACAAGUGGAGAAAGAACUCGGUGUCAACCUCGGACCAGAAAUCCUGGAGACUUUACCAAUUUGAUUUUAUGGGAUUGAGGAACAGCACCAGCUUACUUAAAACAACAGCAGGUGACUACGUGGUGAUGACCGUUUACUUUGACCUGAGCAGACGCAUGGGGUACUUCACCAUCCAGACCUACAUCCCCUGCAUCCUGACUGUGGUGCUCUCCUGGGUGUCCUUCUGGAUCAAGAGUGACGCCACGCCUGCCAGGACGGCACUAGGUAUCACCAGCGUGUUGACCAUGACCACGCUGAGCACGGUGGCCCGGACCUCGCUCCCCCGCGUCUCCUACGUCACCGCCAUGGACCUGUUUGUCACAGUCUGCUUCCUGUUCGUGUUUGCCGCCAUGAUCGAGUACGCCACGCUCAACUACUACUCCUACAUCGUACGCAAGCCUGCCUCCGCCAAGCCCCAAAGACUGGCCUACUCGGUCCUGGAUGUGGGUCUGUCUCCAACCUCCGUGAUGACUCUCAACAACUCCCUGUACUGGCAGCAGUUUGAGGAUGCCUGCGUGUACGACUGUCUGGACGGCAAGGACUGCCAGAGCUUCUUCUGUUGCUACGAGGAGUGCCGGGGCGGGGGCUGGAGGAGGGGGAGGAUCCACAUAGACAUCCAGGAGCUGGAUGCCUACUCCCGGGUGUUCUUCCCCACCUCCUUCCUGCUCUUCAACAUUGUGUACUGGGUCAGCUACCUCUACCUUUAGCGCCACCGGCUCGCCGCUUUGGAGCUCCUAUAGGACAAACGGGCACGAGACUCGUGUUUGACGGGGUGCCAUCGUUAAGACGUGACGGGAGAUUGGGACAGAUGUCCCGCCAGCGCUGUUGGUUGCUUGACAACGGCCGACUAAUGAACAGCUGCACUGGACGACCGUGAUGCUGGCUGGCUGGGAGACUGCAUGUGAGUGUCCACAGUGCCUUCUACUGGAAGGGAACACCUAUUCAGAAGUGACAAAGAACCAGGACUAGCAUUUAGGAUAGGUUUAUUACCCCCUGUUUAGCCCUCCCUCCCUUCCCUCCCAUCCAUCUCAAAGCAUGCUCCAUUUUAUGAACAUCCAGGAUAGACUGCACUAUUGAACAAUUCUGACACCGCUCUAUAUUAGGCAUUAGGUCUGCACAA